CAUACUAUGGCUUUGAAAUAACCUUGAAAUAACCUUGAAAGUUGAAAUGUUAGCUUAACCAGUGCUGUAUUUUUAUACCAACAACCUUAAAAAUUAAGUUUUAUACACGAAUAUUUCUUAAUAUUCCUUACAUUUCGGUUAAAAUUUAUUUUAUUCUUAAGAUAUUAUUUUAUACUUUCAAAUUAUCAAGAUGUUAUCUAAAAUUCUAAACAAUGACAAUUUAUUUUAUAACCGAAUUUAACAUUCUUUCAUUAAAUUUUUCAUUAAACAUGAUAUGACAAGUUUAUAUUAUAUAUUCUUUCUGUAUAUCAUAAAUGUUUAUUAUAUUAUGAACAAAUUUUGGUAAAAAACUACUUUCCGAUAUGUCUAUUUCAAUUUCGUAUACAAAUUCGCACUAUUGACUUUUUGACGUUUCGGAACAACUAAAAUAAGUACAAUACAAAUGCGGUAUAUAAUUUUGAAAUAUUAUAAACUGAUACUAGGAAGCAUUUUCGUAAAGUUAUGGCAUUUGUAGGAAUUAAUGGAUUUGGAAGAAUAGGAAGAAUGUGUUUACGUGCUUGUCUUGAAAAGGAUGUUACGGUUAAGAUGAUUAAUGAUCCGUAUAUUUCAACCGAUUAUAUGAUAUAUUUAUUUAAAUUUGACUCGACUCAUGGCCCUUAUCCUGUAAAGCUGGAAUGUGAAAAUGGAUUUAUUAUUAUCGGAGACAACAAAAUAGCUACAUCUCAAGAAAAAAACCCAUGUAAAAUAAAUUGGAGAGAUGCAGGUGUAACAUAUGUAAUUGAGGCUACUGGGCUUUUUACUACCUUAGAAAAAGCAAGCUUACAUAUGGACGGUGGAGCUAAAAGAGUAAUUAUUACCGCACCUUCUAUAGAUGCAUCAAUGAUAGUUUAUGGUGUAAAUCAUGCUUGCUAUGAUCCAAAAAAAGGUAAAAUAAUAUCAGCUGCUUCUUGUACAACAAAUUGUGCAGCACCUAUCAUUCGAUUGAUGCAUGAUAAAUUCGACGUUAUUGAAGUAAUGAUCAGUAGCGUACACGCUUUAACAUCGAUGCAACGAACUUUAGAUGGGCCCCUAGAGAGAGGAAAGUUGUGGAGAGAUGGUAGGGGUGCUCUCCAAAAUAUUAUUCCGACGUCUUCAGGUGCUGCCAAAUCAUUGGACAAAAUUAUCCCAGAACUGAAAGGCAAAAUAUCUGCUAUAGCCUUUAGAGUACCAAUUCCAAAUGUUUCUUUAUGUGACAUGACUUUUCGAGUUAAUAAACCGACAACAUAUGAAGAAGUGAAGGAAGCAAUGAAAACAGCGUCAGAAAAUGAUCUAAACGGUAUAUUGGGUUAUACAGAUGAUGAUUGUGUAUCAUCCGACUUCAAUAAGACAAGUUUUUCGUGUAUUUUCGAUGCCAAAGCUGGAAUUCCCCAGACAAGCACAUUCAUCAAAGUUGUUGCCUGGUAUGACAAUGAAUAUGGUUAUGCACAUCGUAUAGUGGAUUUGAUACAAUACAUGUAUCAAGUUGAUUCCGGUAAUAUACCAGUACCUGUACAGGAGUUAGAUGAAAGUGAAGAUUAAUAACUUCCUUCAGUAACAAAAAUGUAUUAUAAGAUUACGUUUUAUGCAAGGUAAUCUUAAUAUGUAUUCUAUUCAUAUCUGCUAUUAAUUUAUAUAUCUCUUAUAAGUUUAAUCCCUUAUUAAUUUUAAACAAAAGAUUACUAUUGCAUUAAAGUUUCAUUUAUUGAAUUUUGUUCUAUGUAUGUAUGUAUAUCUUGUUUGCUAAAUAAAAUUGUUGAAUAGAGAA